UUUUAUUUAACUAGUCAAGUCAGUUAAGAAAAAAUUCUUAUUUACAAUUGCGGCCUACCCCAGCCUAACCCGGGCGACACUGGGCCAAUUGUACGCCACCCUAUGGGACUCCCAAUCACAGCCGGUUGUGAUACAGCCUGGAAUCAAACCAGGGUCUGUAGUGAUGCCUCGCAUACUAAGAUGCAGUGCCUUAGACCGCUGCACCACUCUAAAGGAGAGAGAGACCGCAUGGUGGAUGAACUGAGGAGCUUUAAACUGAGUGAUCCUGACGUGGGCCAGCUCAGAUGCCUGCUAUAUGGACCAGUCGGUGCAGGAAAGUCCAGCUUCAUCAACUCAGUCAACAAUGUCUUCCAAAAUCGGACAACAAGUGGUGCCCUGGUAGCUUCUACCUCUGGCACAAGCUUCACCAUGACAUAUGACACACACUACAUUCAAGGCCGUUCAGGAGAAAAACGUCUUCCCUUUGCAUUCAAUGAUGUCAUGGGUCUGGAAACACAAAAAAAUGGGUUGCACCCUGAUGACAUCAUCAAUGCGCUGAAGGGCCAUCUACCAGAGGGCUAUGAGUUCAAUCCUUUCCACCCAUUAUCGGAUCAAAAAAAGGAAUUCAUUCAGAAUCCCAGCUUAAGUGACAAAACUCACUGCCUGGUGAGUAUUGUGUCAGCAGACAAAAUCUCUCGCAUGCAAAAGGAUGUCAUAGACAAGAUGAAGAACGUCAGGGCAGAAGCCAGCAGACUGAAAAUCCCUCAAGUUCUUGUCAUGACCAUGCCAGACAUGGCUUGUGACGUGGUGAACAAGGAUGUGAAGAGAAUCUUCUACAGCAAGGCGAUCAAAGAGAAGAUGCAGAUCUGCAGUAAUGAGCUAGGCCUUCCCAUGAACUGCAUCCUGCCGGUGAAGAACUACCACGAGGAGGGGAUGCUGGAUAACGACAUGGAUAUCCUGAUACUGAACGCCAUGACUCAGAUUAUGAACUUUGCCAACGACUACCUCUGGAACCUCCAACAACAUGCAAUUCAAAAAUAGAAUGAGUAUUAAUAGUGAGCCCUAAGCUCGGAAUAAAGUUCUUAAUUUCUAUAUUUUUUACAUUGUUGUCGUGUCAUUUUACUUCCAUGUAGAGGCCUAAAUAUGUUAUCUGCGGCUCUGGGAGAAAUGUAUUUCCAGUGAGUAUGCAUUUCGUGUGACAAGAAAAUCUUUCAAAUAAACUGAGCAUUGCUGUGCA